GCAUGUAGAUGACGUCAUCUACGCCGGACACACACACGCACGCGCACGCACACUUUCCUCCAUGUGUUGCUCCGGCAGUGUUGUGAUCUAGUUAGUGGUUGUAGGUUAAUUCUCCGCGAGUAUCACCAUGUCUUCGAGCUGUCGCAGACCCGAGCAUAUGGCACCUCCGGAGGUGUUCUAUAAUGAAGAAGAGGCCAAGAAAUACUCCCAAAACUCCCGGAUGAUAGAGAUCCAGACUCAGAUGUCGGAGCGAGCCGUGGAGCUGCUCAGUCUCCCCGAGGAUCAGUCCUGUUAUCUGCUGGACGUGGGCUGUGGCUCUGGACUCAGUGGAGAUCAUUUAACAGAAGCCGGACACUACUGGGUGGGAGUGGACAUCAGCACAGCCAUGCUGGACGUUGCCUUGCAGCGAGACGUGGAGGGAGAUCUUCUGCUGGGAGACAUGGGACAGGGGCUGCCCUUCAGACCGGGCACGUUCGACGGCUGUGUCAGGUAUGAGCUCGAGAGGCGGGGGGAAGCUGAAGGUCUGACGGGAGCGAGUGUGUUAAAUGUGUCCGCGUCUGUCAGUAUUUCAGCUCUGCAGUGGUUGUGUAACGCGGAUAAGAAAACACACAGCCCUCCGAGGAGACUGUACCGCUUCUUCAGCACGCUCUACUCCUCUCUGGCGAGAGGAGCACGCGCUGUCUUCCAGAUAUAUCCAGAAAACUCGGAGCAGCUGGAGCUGAUCACGGCUCAGGCCAUGAAAGCCGGCUUCACGGGCGGCAUGGUCGUCGACUACCCCAACAGCACCAAAGCUAAAAAGUUUUUCCUGUGUUUGUUUGCUGGUGUGUCUGGUGUCUUACCCAAGGGCUUAGACACCGAGUCGACGAACAGAGGCGUAUCCAAUCAGGCUCAGUUCACAGCACAGAGGUCCCGUUUCAAAAAUAUGAAAGGAAAGUCUGUGAAGAAGAGUAAAGACUGGAUCGUGGAAAAAAAGGAAAGACGGCGCAGACAGGGGAGGGACGUAAGGGCCGACACCAAGUACACGGGCCGGCACAGAAAACCUCGCUUUUGAUUCCUGGAGCGUCUGCACAGAACGUACUGAAGAUGAAGAUGGUCGGCUAUUCAGUCUACUGGAGCCAGUUAGAACUCAUACGUCUGUAUCGACCAAUCAGAAGCCAGAUAUUUGCUUUGAUGAAUUAUAUUACUGAAGGAUAGAAAGCCCGUAUGGAGAAGAGAGAGCCUCCCGUGAAGAUGCUAUUAAAGGACUUCUUGUCUUAUAAGAUCAACAUGUGCAUUAACAGAAGCCUUCAUGAACCCAGAGUUGAUCUUCUCUUCUGUGACUCUAUAAUAAAUUAAAAACUGUAGGAAAUACAGUUUCAGAGUCCUAUUUUUCAAUAGCAUUUUAAGUGUAUUUUAUGCUUAAAAUGAACACGAUGGCACACAUUUUAAGGAUUUUUCUAUAUAAUGCAAGACAAAACAACAUUUACAAAUAAAAUGAAUAAACAAGUG